GGAAGGGAGGAAAAGUCUGCAGCAGUCUGAGUCGACUCCUGGAAGAAGAAGAAGUGAGGGCAGCAGACGAGGAAAAACACCUCAAACACCUUCUGCAAGAAUUAAUGCAAGAGAGUUUAUCUUCAAAGAUCCUUCUGGACUUCUUCUCGAGUGGAAACGCAUCUUUUUGUGAGACUAAAGAGAGGAACAAACACGACAUCUGAGAGGUGAUUUCCUUGCAGGAGUUGGUGAUGUAAGAGGCAGCUGAGAAAAAGUGAAAGCGGUGAUGAAUGAACCCUCCACGGCACAUCCACAGGCACACGAGCCUUUUCUGCAGGGGACAUGGGAGUAUGUGAGGGCAGGUCAGCAGGAGAUCCUACUCUCUCCUUACUUACCUGCAUCCUGCGGCUUCCUCAUCCACGUGCUCUUGUGCACACCUUUCCUCGUGCUGGACGUGGUGGCCAGCGUCAGUCAGCGAGUCCGGUUGUGGAGGAUCGCUGCAGGCUCGGGUCCACCGCCAUCCCUCCGUCAGUGGGCUGAUUGCUUUUUGAGGGUCCUGCACAAGUACCUGACAGCUGUCCUCCCCGCCACAGCUGUGUUCCAGAGCCUGAGGAGCUCCACGGUACCGGAGCUGGCUCCCUCCUGCUGGCAGCUCUUCGUGGAAGUUCUUGCAUGCUUCCUGCUCUUUGACACACUCUUCUUCAUAUGGCACUUAACCAUGCACAGGUGAGCAUGCACCUUCAUAUGUUGUGUGUUCAUGUUUUUGCAACAUUGCACCCCCUGAUGUGUGUGAGUUCUGCUCGGAAAGAAGAGGCUCUCCCACGAGGCUCUUCUCUAUUAUUCAGUGAAAAACUGUCUUACUGCUUUCUCUUUCUGCUCCUAAGUGAAGUACAAGAGGCCUUUUCACUCAGUUGGUGCUUUCCCAAUCCCAAAAUAGAAACAUUAAAGGGAUUGCAUGGGCUGGAGAAAAUGUUUUCGUCAUGCACUGUCUCAUUUUUGUUUGUCCUGAUCAGUCCAUUUCACACAAAGUAAGCCAUGUAAAUUAGUGUAAAUCUAGCUGCAAUUUUCAGGAAUAAAUAGUUUUUUUUAAACAUGUGUGUCAGACAUCAAUAGUCAUUUUAUACUCAGAUGUCAAGUAUCUGAUAACAUAUGAAAACAUCACUAUAUUGGAAACAUUAGGGGAGACCGGGGCUUGUUGUUACACUUUUUACACUCUUAUGUAUUUCUUAGAAUCAAUAUAUCAUAAGUAAACAAAAUAUGUACCAGAUGAAAGACUGAAGUCUCAGGUAUAUAUUUUAUAUUCAUGUCUUUUUUAUAUCAUGUGUCAGUUCAGAGUUAUAAGCAAUCAAAUAGAGAGAGUGAACAUGUGACAUGUUGCCCCAUCGUCGGGUAAGUUGUCUCAUUACAUGGGGUGAGACGUUACAGUGGAUUUUGCAGCUGAUAAAACAAGAACAAAAUUAUUAUUUUUUGAGUUGAAAGUGAACAUCAAAGUCAGGCACAGAAAAUAUUUAUCAUUAAGCUAGUAAAAGUCAUUGAACAAACGUUAACAUAAAAUAUUAUACAACAUGCUCUGGAGUUUAAAGAUCUGUCUAACUCUGUAUUUUGGCUGGGGUGAAUGUUUUUGUAGCACCCAGCUAAGGUUUGGGAGCUGACAUUAAAGUCCUUAAUUGUCCUCGAGAUUGAUUUAUUAGCGAGGUUCACCUGACUGUCCUCAGCAUCACAUCAGGUACUGCGCUGACAUGUUCUGUUUUUCUUUUGAGAUUCCUGACCAUGUCUUCUCGCUUUCUCCUCUCCUUUAAAUCACUCUCCUCUCUGUAAAAUUAAAGUCAAAAUUUCAUUAUGACAACUGCUGAUAAUCCCUUUUAAACAUGUGACAACCAACCCCAAAAAGACUGAGACAUGUUGCCCCAAACGACCAUAUAAUUCUAGCUGUAUCCUAAAGUUAUCUUAAAACAGAACAAUAACUGAGGUCUGACAGGACGCCUUAAUCUCUCCUUUAACAAGUCCACAUGUAUCACUGCUAGGAUUUUUAUCUGGAAGAAGCUUAUUUUAAAAUAUAUAAAGCAAAUUUUCUUUACUUUGGGUAGUGCGAAAUGGUUAAUUGGCGCUCAUCUCAGCUCACAAUGUGCCCUUCUCAGACAAGACACGACCCCUGACCACGUAAAGGAAGAAAACUAGUAUUCCACUUUUUAGUUGCGCCCUCUGGUGGCAAAGAUAACUGCAAUGUGACAACUUACUCAUGUGACAACAAGCCCCGGUUUCCCCUACAUUUAAAUAUUUUCCCAAAGUGAUCCAAAUAAUUACAUAAAAUUUUCACUCUGUCAGCAGUCAUUGUAGAUAACCAGCUGCGUAUUUUCUGAGUGUAACAGUAUAUGAUGGUUUUCACUAAAUUAUCGAUGGAGCAUUACUCCCACCAGUGCAGUCCAAUACCUCCUUAUCCCUAAAGGCUUUGAUGAAAACAUUGAACAUGUGCAGCUCAUGCAGAACAGAUGAGUCCUUGUGAGGUCUAAUGUGCUCCAUCUGGCUCUGCAGAGUUUUGAUUUAUGUCGUUCAUAGUGUUAGAAAUGGCAAAAUAGAAGAAACUGUUUCACUUUGACAUCUCACUUCUAAAAGGUAACAGAUAUAAAUGAUCAGAUUUUUGAUGCACUAUAACUUUUAAAAAUCUGACAGACAGGUCAGUGAUUAAAGCUCCAGGAACAGGAGAAGCUCAUACCUCUCCAGAGACCCCUGGUGUUACCAUUAGACAUCUGACCCUCAACUCUCAUUGUUUAAGCAAAAUGCAAAUUUUCCAGUUGAUAGUAACUUUAACCUCCCCUGUCACCCGAGGUUUGUUAUUUCACUUUUGGACCAAAGCACUGAAAUGAAUAUGACCUGUGACCUUGUUAGAAAUACUGUCCAGAUAAUCAUCAUGAUCAGACAGCAUAGUCCAAUCAAAACAACCCCUGCAGCAUUUCACAUGCAUACACACAGAUUUAAUCAUGAUGAGCCAAGAAUACUAAAUAUCAGAGAGAUCAAAUUAUGAUCCGAGGGUCCAAAAAGAGGAAAUCUCUGCAACAAAUCUUCCCUCAAUAAUACUAUCAAACAAGCCACUAGUUUUAGCAACCCGCAUGAAACCAAUUUUUAAAGAGAGGGUGAUGUGGUAGAUGGAGAGACAAUGAUUAAAACCCCAAUAAUUAUCAUCAGGAAAUGAAUCAAGUGUGACUUUGGGUUUUGUCUAGACCGCAAUUGGAAACUCCAAGGAUAGAAAGUAAGAUCACCAAAUCACCACAAGAAGUUUAAUGUUGGAGUCAUGAACGUUUUUUUUUCACCGCGACACGAUCAGGAUGAAACCAUGAUUAAUGUGGAGGAAAACGCCUACAGCAUGUUUUUUUUUUCCAGUACUAAUUGGGUUAUUGUAGUGAGAAACCAUCUGUACUGACGCAGGAAUCUGGUAUCAUGUCAUUCAGGUCAUUUCGUCAUUUUGAAGUCAUUUCGAGGAAAGAGUGGUCAUUUUCCAUUACAGUAACUGUGUAAACACAACUAACUUGUCUGUUCCUCAUCAGGGUUCCUUGGCUCUACCGAACCGUCCACCAGAUGCACCAUCAGCACCGCAUACCUUUCGCCCUGGCAGCUCAGGACACCAGUUCAGCCGAGCUGCUGUCUCUGCUGCUGCUGGCUCUGAGCAGCGCCUGGAUGGUGGGCUGCCAUCCUCUGAGCGAAGCCAUUUUCCAUCUUAUUAACAGCUGGCUGGCCGUGGAGGACCACUGCGGCUACGACCUGCCAUGGUCUCUGCACAGACUGCUGCCAUGUCUGGGAGGAGCCCCCUUCCACCAGGCUCAUCAUUCUUUCCACAGUGGCAACUACGCCCCGUACUUCACCCACUGGGACCACCUCUUCGGCACAUACCGGUCAUCGGUGCUGUCCUAGAUAAAACUGCUCAGCAGAUUUGAGGGGAUCAGUAAAAACAAAGAUGCAAUGAAGGAUUUUUUCUGAAUGUUGUGACUUUUUUCUACACGGAUGGAUUUUCUUUAUGACAGCUAUGAAGCAUUUUAAUAAAUCAAAUGACAUAUUUAGAUUUUUGUCUAACGAGAGCACAAACUGUACAACUAUGGGAGAAGAUGCAUUUAUGUAAUUGUAAUGAUUCACACACAUAUGGUGUUUGUUACUAUGUGAAUGCUGAAAAUGCACUUUAUUUACAGCUGCUCUCCAGCAAGUGAACGCAGCAUAUGAGGAGAUCACAUGCAAAACAAAUCAAGACAGUGAAACAGAUGGAAAGUUCCUGAACUGAUGUGAAACUGAUUUAUCCUCAUGAUAUCCAUCUGUCCUCCGAGGGAAUUUAUUUGCUUCUUUGAGUGUCGGUGUCAGGAUGAUGAAAUGUGGCAUUAAUUAAAAACUGAUCAUUAUAAGUUGAGUUAAAUACGUCCACUGAAAGAGGGAACUGCAAAGUUAACUGUAUGUCUGCACCUUUUUAUCACAACUUUGAAGAAAUAAUUCAAUAAUUGUGAAACUUGUUUGUUCUUGCUGAGAAUCUUGUUGUUGUUAAAAAUACAGACAUUUUAAAAGA